UUUGUCCUCCCUGCUUCCUGAUUCAACUGGACUGCACUGCUGACUGUCAGCCAGCAGUCCCUAGGUUAUCUCCCAUAUGGGGUAAACCUGUUUGUACAUAUUUGUAACUUUAAGCCUAAAGCCUACCUUCAGGAAUCACGCUGUGCUCUGCUGUUCGUUUCUUUCUUUCUGUCUCAAAGUCUAUGCGAAAAGCAGAAGAUGAUAUGCUGCUCAGUACAUUCACGCUUGGAAAAGUAAUACAGAAUGGAGGCAAAGCUGAAAAGGCAUGGCCCGCAUCUUCUCUUGAGCAUUAUAAAAUGGAGGACAACAGUUUUCUGGAUGAAGAGGAAGAUGGAGCCCCCAAGUUCUCUAAUAUAAAUCCUAAACACCAUGCCAUAAGUCAUGGCCAACCCAUGAACCUAGAUAUUAAGCAACUUCCUUAUUUUGCACUGGAGGGACCUAUGACUUUUCCAUCUGAUGCUGAAGUUCAGAACAUUCAAUCUGUACAACAAAGGAGAGAGACUGAAGAUGAUGAGAACUCAGCUAAAUUACCUAUUGGAAGAAGAGAUUUUGACAUGCUCAGAUGCAUGCUGGGAAGAGUCUACCGACCUUGUUGGCAAGUCUAACAACUGCUGAAGUACGUCAUUUGGAAGAGACAAAACCAUGUUCUUGACAAUUCAGUAAAGAAGUAGUUGUGGUUUAAGUAUUGUUUUGUGUUUGUAUUGAUCCUAUAUAUUUGUACAUCAAAAUACCACAUGAUUACUGUAUACAAAUGUAAAAGAUUACAGUGCAUUAUUAAAACUGGGAAUUCCGCAAA